CUGACACUGUUUGUUUAGGUGCAAUGGCGGCAGAUGGAGUAAAAUGUUUGGUUCAUAGUUUGUGCAUUUACUGAUUAACUAAUAAAUGGAAAAAAAGAGAUUCAAUAUCAAUUUGGACGACUCCGCGUUCACAAAGGAAAGAAGUCCGGUGACAUCUUUGUUCAAGGCCAAAGAUGGUCAAGUAGAGACGUCAUCUGCUCAGAGUGCUCCUCCAGCUCCUGGUCAACCACUGUCCUAUGCAGAGUUUGUUGUUCAGACCAAAAACAGGGCGCUUCAGGGAGCUGCCCAUGGACCAGAGAAACAAAGUAGGAACGAUGCUGCAGGGCAAAGCAGUGUAAACACAGCUGGUAGCCGAUCAGUUAGUACGUCCUCCACAGAUUCUGGAAAACCUGAGACUGAGCAGCAGGCGCCAGCAAAAGUAUCAACAGAAGAUCAAACAAAAGAGGAAGGUCAGAGUUCGGAGAGUUGUAUCGUUCCUCCUCAUCUUUUAGGAUCCGGAAAUAGUAUUAUUGUCAGUCCUCGACAGAGAGGCAACCCCAUCCUAAAGUUUGUGAGAAAUGUUCCUUGGGAGUUUGGAGAAAUUGUGCCUGACUAUGUUUUGGGGAGGACAACCUGUGCUCUUUUUCUCAGUGUGCGUUACCAUAAUUUGAACCCAAACUACAUCCAUGAGCGUCUGAAACAGCUGGGACAGAGUUUCACUCUCAGAGUGUUGCUCGUCCAGGUUGAUGUGAAAGACCCUCAUCAUGCACUGAAAGAGCUUGCUCGAAUAUGCAUCAUGGCUGACUGUACCCUCAUUUUGGCCUGGAGUCCUGAAGAAGCAGGCCGUUACCUUGAGACAUACAAAUCCUAUGAGAAGAAACCUGCAGAUAUUCUGAAAGAACAAGUGGAGAAAAAUUACCUGUCCCAGGUUACAGAUUGUUUAACCACAGUAAAGUCUGUUAAUAAGACAGAUGCCAUGACUCUCCUGUCUACUUUUUCUUCUUUGGAGGGCAUCAUUACAGCCUCUAAGGAAGAACUAGUUUUGUGUCCUGGACUUGGUCCGCAAAAGGCAAGAAGGCUUUAUGAUGUACUACACCAGCCUUUCAUAAAGACCAAGAAGAAGGAAAGCUGAUGUAAUCACCAACUGUCUUUGAACACAGUGCCUAGAAUAAGACUCUGGGACAAUAUAGCAAGUCUUAAGUCUUAUGGAGGAUUUAUGAUCUUUGUCUUUAAUUGGAGCAUAAACAGCCAUAAAUACAGUGGUUUAUUUAUUAUUUUUUGUUAUUAUUAUUCUUUUUUAAGGUGUAACUUGCUUUUGUAAUUCUGUAAAUUCAGUCUGACUUCAGUAGGAUGACGCAAGAUUAAAAUUUUAGUCAAAAUAACUUUUUUCUUGUGUGUUCAGUUCAAUAAAUGUCAAUAUUAUUUAGCAGUAAUUGUAUGUUGUUGUUCUUUUAGAGUGGGAGAGGAGAUUCUGUUAUAGCUCCACGAUUCUUAUUGCAACUGGAACAAAACCUGAAGAAACCACUUGUCAUAUAUAUAUAUAUAUAUAUAUAUAUAUAUAUAUA